AUGAAAAGCUUCCUUUCCUUUGCAGUCCUGGCUGCCCUGCUGCUGCUGCCCAGCUCCCAGGCAGUCUAUGUUCAGGAUGGGGACUUGAAAUUCUCCCUUGAGUCUGUGAAGAAGCUGAAGGAGCUGAUGGAUGAGAGGAGGAAGGUCAACCCUCGCGUGCUGGUCUCCAAGGCUGCCUCUUCCCCCUGUGCUGACAAAGAUCUCCCUGAGGAGUUCCAACCUGUGUGCAACAGAGGAGAUGCCCCCAAGAUAUUCGAGAGGCUGAGCUCAGCUAUCCAGGAUGCUGAUUUAUGUGAGAUCUGUGCCAAUGCUGCCUGUGCUGGUUGCUUCUGAAUGAAGAGGAAGCCCCCAGAGAGGAUGUGUCAAGGGAAGACUCUUGUGCACCCCACAGCUCUGGGCUCUCCCCACCUUCC